CUGGCUACCGAGGAGCACAGCUUCAUCUUGUCAUAUCUUAAAUUUCAUUCAGUUAAAUUUAACUUUUGCCUGGAAUAAUAACGCAUAGACGAUGGAAGCAAGUGACAAAGAAGCAGGAAAUGAAACAAAAGAUUCCUCUCAGCCGUUAAAUGUGAAUCUGACAGCAGAUACUGGUGCUGAGCUCUCAUUAAGUGAUAUCCAAUCAGCCACUUCUUCUGUGGAUAAAGCACAGCCCACCGGGUCUGUUGAAAAGAGCAAACAAAAAGCUAAAGACCAGUCGAGCGCUGAGCCAUCAAAGGAAGGGGCUUUAAAACCAAAACUUCAGCUAACUUUUACCACAUUCACUGUUAAAAAUGGUGAAGAGUUGAAAGUAGAGAUACCAGUGCUUGGGUAUCCAGCCCUCAAGAUAGAAUGGAAAAGAGAUGGACAGGCAGUCAAAGAGACUUCCAGGCUGGAGAUCUCAACCACAUCAUCAAUGACAGUUCUUCAUAUCCGACACGCUGCUAGGGAGCACGCUGGUCAAUACUCUAUCACAGCAAGUAACAAUGCUGGAAAUGAUGCAGGACAAAUCACAGUGGUAGUUCUUGAAAAGCCCGACCCACCCACAGGACCUGUACGGAUUGAUGAGGUCAGUUCUGACUAUGUGUCUAUCUCCUGGGAUCCCCCAGAGUACACUGGAGGCUGUCAGCUUGACAAUUACAUUGUGGAGAAACGUGAAAUUACUAGCAUGGAGUGGCAAACUGUAUCAGCCACAACAGUACGAACCACAAUCAAAGUCACCAAGCUAAAGACAGGAAGUGAAUAUCAAUUCAGAGUGUUUGCUGAAAAUAGAUAUGGCAAGAGUACAGCAAUCACAUCUCCAAUUGUACUUGCACAGUAUCCAUUUAGUGCACCUAUGGCUCCUGGAACACCUUUUGUGUCCAUCGUGACAAAGUACAGCAUGUUGGUUGAAUGGACACAUCCAGUCAAAGAUGGAGGUAGCCCUGUCACUGGCUAUCACCUGGAACGCAAGGAGAGAAACAGCAUUUUAUGGACCAAGAUGAACAAACUUGCCAUCCUUGACCCCCGCUUCAAAACAACCGGCCUGGAGGAAGGUAUUGAAUAUGAAUUCAGAGUCUUUGCUGAGAACAUUGCUGGACUCAGUCCAUCUAGCAAGAUAUCUGACUGCUAUGUGGCAAGAGAUGCCUGUGAGGCACCUGGUAAACCUGAAGCUGUUGUUAUUACAAAAGAGAAUAUCACCCUCCAGUGGGCCAAACCAGAGUAUGAUGGCGGGAGCGCCAUUACAGGUUAUGUUGUUGAAAAGAAAGAGCUUCCAGAUGGCCGAUGGAUGAAAGCAAACUUCACAAAUGUUAUUGAAAAUCAGUUCACAAUCACAGGCCUGACAGGAGGACAAAGUUAUGAGUUCAGAGUAACUGCCAAGAAUGGUGCAGGUGUUUGGAGCAAACCCUCGGACAGUAUAAUUAUCUUUGCUGAGGAUGUUAUUGAAGGACCCUCAGUAUUCAUGGACUCCAAGUUCAAGAGCACGACUGUUGUUCAGGCUGGAGAAACAUUCACAAUUGAAGCUGAUUACUUUGGGAAGCCCCUCCCUGAUGUAAGGUGGCUGAAGGAUGGUGAGGAAAUUGACAAAGCUACGCCAAGAAUAGAUGUGAAAAACACCCUCACCCAUACCACAUUGACAGUCCGGGACUGCAUACGAGCAGAUGGAGGACAUUUUAUCUUAAGUCUCACGAACAUUGAUGGAACAAAAUCUAUCCAAGUUAAUGUGAAGGUACUGGAUAGACCAAGUCCUCCGGAGGGACCUUUGAGGAUGAAAGCUGUCAGUGCUGAAAAAUGCAAUCUUUAUUGGAACCCCCCUUCAAAUGAUGGAGGUGCCAUUGUUUCCCAUUAUAUUGUCGAAAAAAGAGAGACAAGCCGUGUCACCUGGACGGGGGUGGAUCCCCACGUGGAAGCUGUCAGUUACAAAGUCACAAAGUUAACACCAGGAAGAGAAUACAUAUUUAGAGUUUGUGCUGUGAAUAAAUUUGGUGUUGGAGAAUUUCUGGAAUCAGACCCUUUCAUGGCAGAAAAUCCUUUUAAAACACCCAGUGCACCUUCUACUCCUACAGCCAGCGCUGUGACCGGAGACUCUGCACUGUUGACAUGGGAAAGGCCUGAGGCAGAUGGGGGCUCUGAGAUUGAUGGCUACAUCCUGGAGAAACGUGAUAAAGAGGGUGUCAGGUGGACUAAGUGCAACAGAAGAAGACUGAAUGACUUGCGCUUCCGAUGCACAGGCCUCACUGAGGGACAUUAUUAUCAGUUCAGAGUGUCGGCAGAAAAUGCUGCUGGUGUUGGUUCACCCAGUGAGCCAAGUGAUUAUAUUAAAGUGUGUGAAGCGUCAUACCCACCUGGUCCCCCUAACAACCUCAAAGUGACAGACCACUCCUGCAGUACUGUGUCUCUAUCCUGGUCCAAGCCCAUCUACGAUGGCGGCGCUGCCAUUACUGGAUUUGCUGUUGAGAUGAAAGAAGCAGCAGAUGAUGAGUGGAUCACAUGCACACCAAACACCAAAGAUACAAAGGACACCAUAAAAGGGCUGAGGCAAAAUGCUGAGUAUAACUUCCGAGUACGUGCAAUAAAUGCCAAUGGAGUUGGAGUGCCUGUGGACUUACCUGGGUCUGUUGUAGCAACUGAGAAACUGGAGCUACCGGAAAUUGAGUUGGAUGCAGCUUUGCGAAAGAUAGUUAGUGUUCGAGCCUGUUCAACAUUACGUCUCAAUGUCACCAUCAGAGGAAGGCCAGAACCUGAGGUCAAAUGGUCAAAGGAAGGUGGUGCUCUCAGUGAGCGUGCUCAAAUAGAAGUAACAGGCUCCUACACAGUGUUGCUGAUUGAAAACGUAAAUCGAAACGACACUGGAAAGUAUGAACUGACUGCUACAAACUGCAAGGGCUCCAAAUCAGCAUUUAUCAACGUCAGAGUGUUGGACACUCCCUGUGCGCCAACAAACCUGCAAGUGAAAGAUGUACACAAAGAUUCCGUGUCCAUCUCCUGGGAGGCUCCACUCAUCGACGGAGGAGCAAAGAUCUUACACUACAUUGUGGAAAAGAGAGAGGAAGCCAGAAAGGCAUUCACAAGUGUCUGUAGCAACUGUACAAGGAACUCGUUCAAGAUUGACAACCUACAGGAGGGAUGUUUUUAUUACUUCCGUGUCUUGGCUGUGAACGAGUAUGGAACUGGACUACCUGUGGAAACAAAUGAGCCUGUUAAAGUGUCUGAAGCUCCUCUUCCUCCUGGGAAAAUCACACUGAGGGAUGUCACCCGUGACAGUGUCAAACUCUCAUGGGAAAAGCCAGAUCAUGAUGGAGGAAGCAAAAUUACCUGUUAUGUUGUAGAGAUGCAGGCUAAGGGAGAUGACGCAUGGACAGUCUGUUCUGAGAGUAAAGCGGUGGAAGCAGUCAUUAAUGGACUGACAAAAGGAAUGGAGUAUUUAUUUAGAGUUUGUGCAGUAAAUGAAAAAGGAAAAAGUGAACCAAAGCUCUUAUUAACACCUGUUGCUGUAAAAGACACAAGUGCUGAGCCUGUUAUUGAUAUGAUCUCCAACACAUUCAGUGUGAAGGCAGGGAAUGAUUUAAAGAUUGACGUGCCAUUCAAGGGUGUACCACAGCCAACAGCAACCUGGAAGAAAGAUGGCAACAUGCUCAAGGAGACAAGCAGGAUGUUGAGGUCACAAGCGUGACGAGUGAAACUAUGACAAUCUGCUGGAAGAGACCCAUAUCCGAUGGCGGCAGUCGAAUCGGCGGGUACGUCGUGGAGAAGCGGGAGAAGCAGGGCGUUCGUUGGCUACGUGUCAACAAGAAAACUGUCUAUGACUUACGU